CUCUUCACACGGACCUGCGCAGACACAGACAUGAGGCACGCAGACAUCACGUCGGUGAAUCCCCGCGGGGCGUCUGAGGAGACCUCUGGCCAGGAUAACCUGGAUUACUAUGGGGUGGACGCCUCGGAGGCGAUGGCCAAAACUGACCUGGAACAGAUACUGGACCACUACGACAUGAUUAUAGAUACCACUGCUGAAUGGAAAGUUGACCCGCACCUGAUCGCCGGGAUCAUCUCCAGAGAGUCCCGCGCUGGAAACGCUCUGGUCAACGGCUGGGGGGACCACGGCAACGCUUUCGGACUCAUGCAGGUCGACAAACGACACCACAACCUCCAAGCUGAAUGGAACAGUAAGGAACAUCUGGACCAGGGCAUUGAGAUCCUAGUGGGUUUCAUGGAUGAAAUUAAAAAGAUGUUUCCCGAGUGGAGCGGCGGGAAGCAGCUGAGAGGGGCACUCGCCGCCUACAACAAAGGACCUGACAAUGUCCGUAAAGCGGUUGAUGAAGGACGUGAUGUGGACUACUACACCACAGGCCAGGACUACUCCAGCGACGUGAUGGCCCGAGCCCAGUGGUACAUGAAACACUGUGAUGCCAUCGAAUCCGAUGGUCCGCCUCCAUUGGUAAUGAAGUCCGUGGCAUUCGCAAAAAAGACGGGUGGAAACGUGGGUGCACCAAUUGGUGCUGCAGUGGGUGCAGCAGUGGGUGGGCCAGGGGGUGCAGCGGUGGGUGCAGUAGUGGGUGGGGCAGUGGCUAAUGAAGUGGCUAAGAAGGCUGGCAAGAAGUAG